AUGGCGCAGAGUAAUUGGGAAGCAGAUAAGAUGCUUGAUGUGUACAUUUAUGAUUAUUUAGUGAAGAAAGAAUUGCAUGCCACUGCUAAGUCUUUCAUGAAUGAAGGGAAGGUUGCACCGGAUCCAGUAGCCAUUGAUGCUCCCGGGGGGUUUCUUUUUGAAUGGUGGUCUGUGUUUUGGGACAUUUUUAUUGCGAGGACAAAUGAUAAACAUUCUGAGGCCGCCGCAGCUUAUAUAGAGGCACAACAAGGUAAAGCAAAAGAGCAACAACAGCUGCAAAUUCAGCAGUUGCAACUAAUGCGCCAAGCUCAGAUGCAACGAAGGGAUCCUAAUCAUCCUCCCCUUGGUGGUCCAUUAAAUUCAAUAAGCUCUGAAGGAAUGCUUGGGCAAUCUACUGCUAGUGCACUGGCAGCAAAAAUGUAUGAGGAACGUGUGAAACACCCCAAUCCAAUUGACUCAGAGACAUCCCAACCACUCCUUGAUGCUAGAGUGGCCCUUCUGAAAUCAACAAACCAUCCUGGUCAGAUGGUUCAAGGAAACCCUGGUAGUGUUAAUGCGGCAUUACAACAAAUCCAGGCUCGAAGUCAACAGACCACAGACAUAAAGAGUGAAGUUAACAUGGGCACUGCUCAGAGAUCUUUGCCUAUGGAUUCUUCAAUUUAUGGGCAGGGCAUGAUGCAGUCAAAACCAGGAAUGGGGAAUGCAGGAUUGAACCCAGGAGUUGGUGGUCUUCCGUUGAAGGGUUGGCCUUUAACUGGAAUUGACCAAAUGCGGCCAGGUUUAGGUGCUCAAGUUCAAAAGCCUUUUCUGCAAGGUGCAACUCAGUUUCAGCUUCUCUCGCAGCAACAACAACAGCUUUUAGCACAGGUUCAGGCACAAGGAAAUGUUGGUAGCUCACCUAUCUAUGGAGAUAUGAGGGGAUUUCCUAGGGGAAAUUUAAAUGCCAAAGAUGGUCAGCCAAUCACAAAUAAUGGAUCUAUAGGUUCUCCUAUGCAGUCAACUUCAUCGAAGAUAAACAUGUCACAGAUGCAACACUCUUCUUCUCAACAACAACAGGAUCCUUUGCAGCCUCAGCAAGUACAACAGAAUAGCCGCAAGAGGAAAGGGCCUUCUUCCUCUGGAGCUGCUAACAGUACUGGUACAGGAAAUACAAUUGGUCCUUCACCCAACUCUCAACCAUCAACACCAUCCACCCAUACCCCUGGAGACGGAGUUUCUAUGGCUGGUAAUUUGCCAAAUGCCAGUAGCGUUCCGAAAAGUAUUAUGAUGUAUGGCGCAGAUGGAACUGGUGGCCUUGCAUCGUCCACAAACCAGCUGGAUGACAUUGAACAAUUUGGAGAUGUUGGCUCCUUAGAAGAUAAUGUGGAAUCCUUUUUAUCACCUGAUGAUGGAGAUGGAAGGGAUCUUUUUGGCACAUUGAAACGGAACCCUGCACAUUCUGCAGAAGCUUCAAAGGGUUUUUCCUUCAGUGAAGCUGGUUCAAUACGUAAAAGUAGUAGCAAAGUUGUCUGUUGUCAUUUCUCUUCAGAGGGAAAACUGUUGGCCAGUGCUGGGCAUGACAAGAAGGUUGUUGUCUGGAAUAUGGAAACACUGCAAACUGAAAGCACACCAGAGGAGCACUCCUUGAUAAUUACUGAUGUUCGAUUUAGACCAAAUUCAACUCAGUUGGCAACUUCUUCAUUUGACACAACUGUGCGACUUUGGGAUGCUGCUGAACCAAACUAUCCUUUACAGACAUAUACAGGGCAUACCUCACAUGUAAUGUCACUUGAUUUCCAUCCUAAGAAGAAUGACCUUUUCUGCUCCUGUGAUGCUAACAAUGAGAUUCGCUUUUGGAAUAUCAAUCAGUAUUCUUGCACUCGCGUUUCUAAGGGAGGCUCAGCACAGGUGAGAUUCCAGCCAAGAAUUGGACAGUUUCUUGCUGCUGCAUCUGGAAAUGUUGUGUCUAUAUUUGAUGCUGAGAGUGACAGGCAGACACAUUCAUUGCAGGGUCACUCCACAGAGGUACACUCUCUUUGCUGGGAUACAAAUGGAGAUUAUUUGGCAUCUGUCAGUCAAGAGUCUGUCAGAGUGUGGUCAUUAUCCUCUGGAGAGUGCAUUCAUGAACUCAGUCCCAGUGGAAACAUGUUCCAUUCUUGUGUUUUCCAUCCAAGCUACUCCACUCUCUUGGUCAUUGGAGGCUACCAGUCAUUGGAGCUCUGGAACAUGGCUGAGAAUAAGUGUAUGACCAUUCAGGCUCAUGAGGGUGUAAUAUCAGCUUUAGCACAGUCACCAGUCACAGGAAUGGUCGCCUCUACUAGUCACGACAAAUCCGUUAAAAUAUGGAAAUAA